AUGUCUGAGGCUUGGGUUACUCUAGCAACAAAUGACGAUUACGCUCAAGGAGCUUUGGUUCUUGUCCACUCGCUUCGAACCGUCGGGACUACCCGAAAAAUUCAUUGCUUGAUUAGCAACGAGGUGUCUGAAGCAGUUCGUCAACAAUUAGUGGAUCACUUCGAUGAUGUUACCGUAGUCGAUGUCUUCAACAGUAAUGAUUCUCAAAACCUUGCUUUAAUCGGACGCCCAGACCUUGGUGUCACCUUCACAAAACUUCACUGUUGGCGUCUUACGCAGUACACCAAAUGUGUUUACCUAGAUGCUGAUACCUUGGUUCUGCAAAACGCUGAUGAAUUGUUUGAACGCCCUGAUUUUUCGGCUGCUGCUGACAUCGGAUGGCCAGACACUUUCAACAGCGGCGUUUUUGUUUUUGCACCAAACCAGAAGACUUACAAUGCUCUUGUGGAGUUUGCUACUACCCAUGGAUCGUACGACGGCGGAGAUCAAGGAUUGUUGAACGACUUCUUCUCCAACUGGAGAGAUCUUUCACCGGCUCAUCGUUUGCCGUUCAUUUAUAAUAUGACAUCUGGCACUUUCUACACCUACGCUGCUGCAUACAAAAAGUACGGCGCCAAUACAAAAAUCGUCCACUUCAUCGGCCCAGUGAAGCCCUGGCACGGGGCUGCCGCCGUCCACACCGGCGAGCAUUUCCAACAAUGGCAACGUAUUCAUCAAGCUCAUAUGGUUCAUACGACUAACCAAACUCACUGCCCGACCUUUGUGUCAGAGAAAGAACGAGAACAAUUUAAGAGUCCAUCUCCAUCUAUGGAUGAUCGUCGUGCUGCAUGGGAAUCCGGCAACCCCGAUUAUCUAGGAAGAGAUGCUUUCAUUCACAUUCAAGAAGCAUUGAACCGAGCCCUCAAUGAAUAA